GCCAAACAGGUGGGCGGUGCAUGACAGCAGGAAGUUAAAAGUAAGAGUAGAAGAGUGUGUGUUUGUGUGUUGCGCUUGCAGUAAUGAUCGCACGUGUGUCUUUCCUCUGUUAUUUUAGUGUACUUGUGUGGAGCUGCGCUGCUGACAUGUGUUCAAAAGGCUGCUCUCUGACCAGCAAGAACAUCUCCUAUACCUGUAAGAACAUCAGAACAGUCAGAGGCUACACAUUUUCUGUUCCUGAUGAUGUACCAGAUGAAUGUCUGAGAACAUGUGAGCAUGGCUGGUACCAUAAGAACGGCACCUUUCUGGUUGACUCAAAAGAACCUCAUGUGGGUAACUUAUCUGAGCCUAUAGUAGAGGUAACCCCUCAGAACCUUACUACUUACACCUGUUUGGAUGAACCAUACUGGAAAAUGGACUGUCAGUGCUCAGGAAAGGCAAAUUUUGUGGCUUCCUAUAUAGCUGUUCAAAGUCCUAAGAAUGUGGGUGUGAUCGCGAAUGAUGAUGAGGCAAGGUCACACAAUGCGAGUUACCAUUUGCUAUGGCUCCUAACCAUACCGGUGUUCCUGAUGGCUCUGUUAUUGUGCUGUUGCAAGAACAAAGGCCGUGUAAGCAAAGGAUUCAGGCGAGUGAAGAGUGGCCUAUGUGCUGAAAAAGGGAUGACCCCGAGGUCUACUUUUACUUGUGGGGAAAAAAGUGUGUAAAUAGCUUGUUAAACACCAUUGGGGCCAUAAUCCACAAGUGGAAGCAACAUCACUCCAGUUGAUGGCCACAUACAGGAGCUUUAUCACAUCUCAGUUCUCCACUCUGUAUGAAGAAAUGAAUCGGCCGCAGUAUUCAGGUGUGAUUUUGGCCCGUUCUUCUAAACAUAUUGUCUUUAAAUCUUGUCCAAUUGGAUUCAAGUCAGGUGAUUGACUGGGCCAUUCUAACACCUUGAUUUUUUUUUUUCUGAAACCAAUUGAGAGUUUCCUUUGCUGUAUGCUUUGGAUCGUUGUCCUGCUGGAAGGUCCACCCACGUCUCAUCUUCAUCAUCCUGGUGGAUAUCAGCAGAUUCUUCUCAAGAAUCUCCCGGUAAAGGGCUCCAUUCAUCGUUCCUUCAAUUAUAUGAAGUCUGCCAGUACCAUGUGAUGAAAAAGAGCCCCACACCAUGAUGCUUCCUCCUCCACACUUCACUGUUGGUAUAGUGUUUUUAGGGUGAUGUACAGUGCCAUUUCUUCUCCAAACAUGGUGUGUAGUAUGACAGCCAAAAAGUUCAAUUUUGUUCUCGUCUAUACAGAAUACACUCUCCCAGUAUUUCAUAGGCUUCUCUGUGACGAUGGUACUUGCCGCCUCCAAGUGUUUCUGGAGCUCUUUCCGUGUGGUCCUUGGCUCUUGGGCUACUCUUCUGACUAUUCUUCUGAGUCCUUGGUCAGAAAUCUGACAAGGGGCUCCUGUGCGUGGCCGGUUGAUGACGGAGUGAUGUUGCUUCCACUUGUGGAUAAUGGCCCAAUGGUGUUUACUGGAGGAUUCAGAAGUUUUGAAAUAUAUCUGUAUCUGAUUCCAUCAAUAUGUUUCACAGCAAUAAGGUUGUGAAUGUCUUGGGAGAGCUCUUUGUUUUUACCCAUCAUGAGAUGUUUCUUGUGUGGCACCUUGGUAACGAAAAGCCUUUUUAUAGCUCAUUGAUUUACUAACUCAGCUGAUAUUAAUUUGCAGAGAUAGGGAGUAUCUACUUAUGGAUUUCAGCUGGUCCCUUGCCUUGCCUUGGAGAACUGCUUUUUUUAGCGUGUUCAAUACUUUUUUUCCUGUGUCAUUACACUUAUUACACAAACCCUACACUUAAUAAACUUUAUUUAUGGAAAUGCA